CCCCCAGAAGCGUGAAUUGAACGCUGUGUCUUUAAGGGAGACGCGCGCAGUGGUUUCCGCACAGGACAAAAUGUCUGCGAGGAUCCUGGAGGCGACCGGGCGAUCCCAGACUUCCAGCCCGCCUUCCGCUCCCGCCACGCUUCGGGGGUGAUGGGGUGAGUGUGCGCCACCACGCAUGCUGUGGCGCUCCCGGAGGCUGGGUCAGGGCGCCGCAGGCCAGGGGUGGGGGGAGGGGACCAGCCACAAGCCUCAGGGCCGCAGGUGAGCCUUCGACCCGCAAACGCCAGUGUCUGCUAUUAUCACAGACUGGCUGGUGCAGAGGCCGCCGGACGUGCCCUUCCUUCGCUGUGGUCAGGUUGUCCCCGGUGUAAAAGAUGCGUGUGGCCCCAAAGUCUGAAUAAAGGCACCGAUCAGCUUCUUUUAGCACCUCAUUUUUGCUCCUCCACAGUAUCCCUUCAAAAAAGUUAUUUGGGAAUAUCGAAAAUCAUCUGCUCUCCUUUUUAGUAAAAUUGCCUUUUUUGCAGUCACACUUUUAACAGUGCAAGUGGUUGGGUGCCCUGUAGUGUGCUCUUUCUCUGAGAUUAUCUUAAGGUCUCAAAUUUUGGAGAAGAGAAAACGGAAUGCGAGCCAAAUGCUCAAACAAUCCCUGCCCCCACUUCCAUGAUACUCAAACAAAAGAAUUUUCUGAUCCUCUCUGAGUACACAGGAGCAGUUUGCUGUAACUACUGACAGUAGCCAAAUGCCCCAAGCUUACCAAGCAAAAUUAUUUUUCCUUCCAUGAAAGAAAAAAAUAACCACCAUCCGAACUUCUAAUUAGCCCAGACUACAUGGAUAGGGUGUUUAAGAGAAACUGUUGUAGAGCGAGCUUAAUAAAUUAACAUAAUUAGGGUAAUUAUUUUAUGCACUUCGCAUUAAUCUAUUAUUUGUACACCCUUUUUGGCCAAAAAUAGCUUGAGGCAAAGGACAAUAAAAAGUAUACAACAAUGUGUAAAAUGGCCAAGAGCCAAAACAAGGAAAUUCUCAAUUAAAAAUUCUUUGUUACAAAGGCCUUCAAAGUAGGACAGCUUUAAAUUCUUCUAAUUCAUAUCAAAAUAUGCAUUUUACAAGACAAAAUGGAUCAACACUCUUCUUUUCAGGAACAUAUGUAUUAAAGUAAUGUAGGCCUGAACUAAAGGUCCACUUCAGGGUAGAAAAUUUUCAUUUAAAAAAAUGCAUGAAUAGAGAAUACAUCAGAGCCUUUUAGCUAAUGGUAGAGGUAUCUAAGAGUUUGGCUUAAGACAUGUAGAGAACAUCUCUGACUCUCCAUAUAAUUAGUUGUGGGUCCAGUAAAUUUUUUUAAAGUCCAUGUGUAACCUUUAUCUAAUAUUUUCACACUUAUCCCUUUCUUGCCUGAGCCAAGUAUCUACACUUUACUUGGUUUUUAACUUCAUCAAAGUCUUCAGCCUGGUGAUUCCAGACUAGUUUUUCUAAUUGUCUCGAUUUGUUUAUAAACAGAUUAAUUCAUUAAUUAAUAUUAGUAAACUAAUAUUUCUACAGAGAUGGACAAGUAACAGAUGAAUGAAUUGUGUUUUCCUUGAUAUUUGGGUCAAUUGUCAAGGCUAAUUAUUUGUUUUAAUUAUUAUGUUCUGCUUUGAUUAAAGUUACUGGUGGAUGAAGUAAAUGAAAAUGUUUUUAUUGUUUCCACACAAAUCUAUGUGGAUUUUGCAUUAGUGUGAAUUUCUUACUAAAAUCCAGGCUCAACCUACACAUACUUGUUUGUAAUCCUGCCAGAUUAAUCCAUCUGAAGUGAUUGGCCUUGGGUGUGGAAGGACAAAUACAGCUAUAAUUCAUUUGUUAUUCCCUUUUGAGAACAUUGCCUGGUUCUUUGGCCUUUAGCUUGCCUAAUAUGUUGUCUAUGUUCAGGUUUAAGUGUAAAAUAAAAAAAAUUAGUUUGUUUUAUAGGAUGAUUUUUUAAUGUUCCAGUCAUGUUUUUUAUGUACAUACACACAUAUUUACACAAAUUACUCAUCCAGGUUUUGAUCUCCCUUAUUCUCUAUACUGGUAUUCAGGGGGGUCAUACUGAAGAAUCUCCAUUUUAAUCUGAUAGGUUUUGAGAAGACUGGAACUUCAGAGAACUGCAAAUAAAACUUUAAAUGCAGUUUGAAGUAAUUCAUGUGAAUUUAUUAUCUUCCACAGACUUUAACUUCUUACCAUCCCUUCCAAAUAGUGGAUACUCAAAUGAAACUCCCUUUGGGAGAGAGCAGAGGGUGGUACACUACUACUCUCUCCUCUUCCAUGAAAUAACAAAAAUCUGCUUUUCUUUCAGCUUUUUUCCCUCUGAAACCGGACUAAAAAACUUCUACUGUUCAUUUCAUGCUAGCCACUUUUUUUUUUUUUUUUAAGUUUACUUAUUUAUUUAGAGAGAGAAUGUGCACAUGAGCUGGGAAGGAGCAAAUAGAGAGGGAGAGAGAAUCCCAAGCAGGCACCAUGCUGUCAGCACAGAGCCCAACGUGGGGGUCGAACCCACAAACCAAGAGAUCAUGACCUGAGCCAAAACCAAGAGUCAGAGGCUGAACCAACUGAGCCACCGAGGUGCCCCUAGCUACUUUCAUUUAGCAUCAAGAAAUUUUAUUUUAGGAGCACCUGUCUGGCUCAAUUGGUAGAGCACCCGACUCUUGAUCUCAGGGUCUUGAGUUCAAGCACCAUGUUGGGCAUGGAGCCUAGUUAAAAAAAAAAAAAAAAAAAGAAGAAGAAAUUUUAUUUUAAAAUAUCAGCUGGAGGGCACCUGGGUGGCUCAGUCAGUUAAGUGUCUGACUCUUGAUUUUGGCCCAGAUUAUGAUCUCAGGGUUUGUGAGAUCGAGCCCCAUGUCAGGCUCUGUGCUGACAGCAUGGAGCCUGCUUGGGAUUCUGUCUCCCUCUCUCUGCCCCUCUCCCACUCAUGCUCUUGCUUUCUCUCAAAAUAAAUAAAUAAACUUAAAAAAAUAAAAUAUGAGCUUGGAGGUCUAGUUAUAAAACUAAAGAACUUGGUGAGAGUUAGCACUAGUGGCAAUGUGUUUUUGGGCCCUGAAGGAGGUGGAAAGGGAAGAGAUGCUGAAGCAGGAAUCUCUGCAUGAACAGUUGUAUAGGGCCCCCAAGGCCUACCCUUUCCCCAGCAUGGACACCGUGUGAUGGAAUUCACCCUCAUGAGUGAACACUGCUCUGACCUUUACCACCUCUAUCAGAAUUAUUGCUGGAAGCAUUUCUCCUCACCAGACGGUAAGCUUCUGGAGGGGAUGGAUUAUGUGGGUCUUCCCUUGGCAUCCUGGGUAGUAAGCCCUUGCCUGACCCUGAGCAGGUGCACAAUGAGCAAUUUGAAUGAGAAUGGAUGGAGUGAAUGGAUGUAAGGAAAAUAAUCACAUUCAUUGGCACCUUUCUUAUAAUUUAAAAACUGUUUAAGCAGAAGAGCACCUAGGUGGUUCAGUCUGUGGAGUGUCCUACUUUGGCUCAAGUCAUGAUCUCCUGGUUCAUGGGUUCGGGGCCCAUGUUGGGCUUUGUGCCAACAACGAGGAGCCUGCUUUGGAUUCUGUCACCCUCUCUCUCUGUGCCUCCCUCACUCAAAGGUGUAUAUUCUCUGUCUCUCAAAAAUAAACAUAAAAACAAAACAAAAAAACCACCUCUGUCUUAAAAAAAAAAAACUAAGGAAAAAUUUAGGGAGUUCUUAUUUUUCAUUUUCUUCAUAUUAGCUAACCGUAAGUUAAUAGGUGUGUGUUUUUGUUGGGUACUUGGUAAGGAAGAAAUGCAUAUCAAAGGGCUCCAGGAAACCAGACCUCCCCAUCAAUUUUUUUUUCCUCCAUCAUUUUCUACCUGAGAGGUGAGCAACCUAAUUUGCAUGCAGGUCAAUUUAGGAAAUGAAAAUAAAUUGGGUUGGGGAGGGAAGGUGGAUCUGUGAUUCUUUGUUUUUUAUAUUCAAAAACCCUCAAGGGAAUUCUUCCAACUUAAACUACCUAUUGUAGUGAAUAAUAGAAUGUCAAAGAGAGACAUAACACUGCCUUUAGCUACUAAGAUCUUAAUGUGGGCAUGUAUGAACAGUAAAUGCUGGUAGCUUCUUUUUGCUCAUGCCUUGAAUUUAUAUGAUAUAGCACUGGAGAGUCCAAUAGUGAGAUCAUCUGCAUUAUUUGAUUUCAGCCACCAGUUUAGAGGCAGAUAAUCUUAUCAUUUCCCUUGACAGAUGGGGAGAUUGGGACUUGGUGAGCUGGGCCUAAGAAAAGUAGAGUCAGGUCAUUACAUUGAAUGCAGUGUCCCUUGAGUGCCUGCCUGUGCUAGGGAGAUGAGUGAGGUGUGGAUCGAGACUCUCCUUCUGCUCAGGCAGGACACAGCAAACCACCUGAUAUCGAGCAACCCUCCACACUGGGUUCCUUCCACGGCCAGAUGGAAGCACCCUAUGCCCCAUCGGACUGAUCCUCCAGUCUCCAUAGUUAAGGUUGCUUAGCCCAGCCUGAGCUCACAUACCCAAGGAUUGUUUCAUUAAAUUAUUUUGUAUUUAUGCUGUCACGAGCACUCUGUGAAGGCAUGUACACAAGUUCUGUCUUUCCACAAUGUCAGCUUUAUUUAAUCAUAAAGCAAGGUUAACAUAAUUGUAAAGCAGAUUCAGAAUUCCAAACUCAAAGACCUUUCACUACGCGUUUAACUUGGCGUCGUACGUGACACGCAAAACAAGAAAGAUACAGUAAGGGUAAGUUAAUGAAUGAAAUGCGAAGUCAGUCCAUGAGCACACAGCUGGGAUGAGGCCUUGACCAGUAUGGGUCCACUCAGCGCUUCCUGCUUACUGUGUUCAAGCGGUGGAGGAUCUCCAUCACUUUCAGAGAUCAAACGAGCAGAGCCUUCAGUGGCAGUUGCCUGAUGCCAGUGGGACAUGGAAGGGUCAGCAUCUGGAGAAUCUGGCAGUUUGCCUCAACAAUCUUCCCUUUUUAAACGAGUUUCAUCAGUCUAGCCCUUUCAGACUUCUUCUGGGUCUAAAGAUUAUCGGUUCUCGGUUCUUCCAGGCUCCCUUGGUUUUGCUGGUUAUCAGUUCUGGGUGCCCCCAGGCAGUUAACAGUUCUAGCAGUAUCUGUUCUCAGCUCAUCACCCUUGUCUGCUUUCUUGAUUCAUUACAUCCUUGCCUGACAUGAGUGACUCCAUCUUGCUCUCUACGUAUGUACAGACCCUGCCAUAUAUGUAGUCUACCUAAAUGUGUCCACAGAUGUGCAUGCUUUCUUAGUACCUUUUUCCUCUUUUGUGUUGGAUGCUUCCCUUUCUCCUUUCACACUAGCUGCCACACCCUCAACCGUCCCUCAACCAACCGUGUAUCUCCUUAUUUUUAUUCAGAUAUAUAUAAAAUCUUAAUAUAUCCUACACAGAUCUAUAUAUUAUUUAAUAAUAAUGACAUAUUAUACAUACUUCAUCUGACUUUUCUCCCUGUAGAAUUCCUCCAGAAAUCCCUCUAGGUCAUCUAGCAGAGUUCCAAUCCAUGCUUUGAAUGGCUGCACAAAAUUCCCUGGUGUGAACACAUUAUUUACCCAGCUAUUCUCUGACAGGUGUUCCCAUGUUUCCAGUUUUUUGACAUCCCAGAUAAUACUGUAUUAAAUAUCCUAAUACAUUACUUUACGUAUUAGUACUUUUAGUUCUACAGAAUAGAUUCCCAGGAGUGGAUCCCUGAUUGUAUUUAUUUUUAAUUAAUAGAAAUUGCCAGAUUGCUUUCCUAAAAGCCUUCACAUCUCCACUAGUAAUGUAUGAACGUAUCCUUUUCUUUGCCUCCCUUCUAGCUUUGGCUGACAGACCUCUUCAUUUUUGUUAGUGCGACGGAUCUGAAACCUUAUUGUUACUUUAAUAGCACUUCCCUGAAUAGAAGUGAUGUGUAUCUUUUCACAUAUUUCUUGGCCAUCUAAUUUUGUUCUUAGGUCAUUUGCCUAUUCAUAUUUCUUGCCCAUUUUUUAUUGGGUUAUUUGUCUUUUUCUUGACGGUUUGUUAGAGCUCUUUGUGUAUUAGGGUUGUGACUGAAGAUGCUAACUAAGGGUUCUCUUCCAAGCCAAGAUGGUUGGCUAGGCGGCUUCCCUCCCUCUGCACUGUAGGAAAAGUUGAAACAAGCUGAGGGGUUGUUUAGCAGAACUAGGAAGGCUGUUAUGACUUGUGGCCACAGACUGCUGGUCACCGUUUAGAUACUUAGUCUGAACACAAGACUGUAUUGAACCAGAGUGUAGCUGUAUGCGGAGGACUGAGAAGGUGAGGCAGUUCAGUACUGUGCUGCCUUCCACCGGUUAAGACCUCCGAGAGCAAAGGCCUGCCAAGGCAGAGGAUGUCCCUCUGCUGCCCUUGGAGGGGCAGCGCUGUGCUGGCCGACAUUUGUAGUGCUGCUUAUCCAUGGCUCAGAUGAGGCAGUCCACUAAGUCUAAGUCCACUAAGUCUUAAUUCUGAUUAAGACAUCAGAAUCAGUGCUUCUCACUCUUGUUUCCACCUUCACUCUUAUAACAGAUGGCAUUCAUGUAUGUGGCACUCCUCUGGGCAUCCCAGAUUUUGAAGAAACCCAGAGACAUCUUGCAGGGAGCACUGCUGAUGGUUCUUCAGAACUCAGGAUUCCUGCUCAGUGUGUCCACCUGAGAACUUACAUUGGCUGGAAACCAUGAGGCAAUGACAGGGACCCCCCAAGGCUGAGAGGACAUGGCCAAAUACCUAAUUUAAAGACGCCGCCGCGGAGAGAAUGAGGAGUGACGAGCCGACGACGCCCAUGGAAGACAGCGGCGCGCCGGACGACGCUACGGCGCAGGGCGGCCCGUGUCCCGGCCUGGCCCCGGCCCCUCCCGGCCGCCUGGGGGCGCCCUACUGCGAGGCCUGGGGCUACUUUCACCUGGCCCCCGCGCGCCCGGGCCACGCGGCGGGCCAGUGGGCCACCUGCCGGCUGUGCGGGGAGCAGGUGAGCCGCGGCCCGGGCUUCCACUCGGGCACCCCGGCGCUGUGGAGGCACCUCAAGAGCGCGCAUCGACGGGAGCUGGAGAAGAGCUCCGCCCGCAGCUCGCCGGCCGCCGCCCCGGGCCCGCUGCCGCCGCCGCCGCCUCCUCGCGGGCCCUCGGCCGAGGGCGACUGGGCGCGCCUGCUGGAGCAGAUGGGCGCGCUGGCCGUGCGCUGCAGCCUGCGCGAGCGCGAGCUGGCGCGGCGCGAGGCGGCGGUGGAGCAGGGCGAGCGCGCCCUGGAGCUGAGGCGCAGGGCCCUGCAGGAGGAGGAGCGCGCGGCGGCCCAGACGCGGCGGGAGCUGCAGGCCGAGAGGGAGGCGCUGCAGGGGCGGCUGCGGGAAGUGAGCCGCCGCGAAGGCGCCCUGGCCUUGGCCUCUACUCCGCUGCAGACUCCGCUCAAAGAAGAGCCCUUGGGGGAGAGGGACGGCUACAUAAUUACCAAGGUCCUGUAGGUCUGGGCCGCUUUCCACUCCCAACCCCUCCGGUGCCAGCGCUACUCCAAGAGUGGUCCACGGAUCAGCCUCACCUGGGAGCUGAAUCUCAGGCCCACCAAGAUCUGCAAAUGUGGACCCUUGAGAAGCACUUAGGAAACCAGAGCAGAACCAAAAAUCACUUAAUGCUCUGUGCCCCGCCACGCCUCGGGAUGCCUGGGAGCACCAGCUCCAGGGGCCUCCUUUGCUGUUGGGCUUCGGUGCAAGGAGGUGGUUUUCCUCCAACUCCUCUUGGAAGGACAGCUCCGUCCUAUAUUACCCGGAGUCCUGUAACUUCCAUACGUACCAAAGACUGCCACACCACGUGGCUGGACACCCGCCAGGGCAACCCAGGGUGGAGGGAGCACGGAAAUGAGGAUCGAGCGUUUUAUCCAAGGAGAGUUUUAUUCGUUUCCUCAUGAAUAAAUCUUUGGCAAGUUGGCUUUGCCAGGCACGAGGUUCUGAAAAGGGGGCCAUUUAGCCUCCACAACUGUUCUUUACCCUGUCAUCCUAGUGCCUCAUCAGAGCAAUCUGGGAGAACCCCUGUUUGCUCCCCAGCUUGAAGAGAGCGCACCCCAGCUGUUCCCUUUCCGUUUAAGACCCAGUGGCAGCUGUGGUGCGUUUGUGUCUUACGCUUCCUUACUAGCAAAACAUGAGCUCCUCCCUCCUUAGGAAGGGAGCUUGGUUCCCCACAAAACAGUCCUCACUUCUGGGCCACAAGAGAAGACAUCUCUCCCAUCUGAGGUCACCUUUACUUCUUCCCGUUUGCAUCCAUUCCUCUUCCACCUUUACUGGACCUUUGCUCCAUUACCGUUUCUUCUUUCCUCUGACUCAUUCCCUCCCUUCCCCAGACUACUCUGGUUCCUCAGCAACAAGUCUCCCCUUGUACUAAAAAGAAAGAUUUGCCCAGCUUGACUGUCCCCAGCUUAACACUACCCAAGAGGGGUCCAGUUAUCCUUGCUGCCUGUAUUUCCUCCCCAUACUUAAGUCCUUUCCUGGAGGUCAGCUUCCCAUUCUACACUGGACCCGUAAGCUGAAUAUAAUUUGUUUUCAGCCUUCAUCUUGCUAGUAAAAUGAACACCCACAUAUACUCCACCUAGACUGAACACUUGUUAACAUAUUGCCUUAUUUUCUCUGCCCUCUAUCCCAAACAUACAUGGCAUUUCAUCCUGAAGUAUUUCAGUCUAUAUAUCCUUAUAGCUUCUAAUACAGAGUCCUUAAUCAAAAUUCCCCCUUGUCUCAAAAAUGUCUUUUUAUCUUUCUUACAAAACAGGGUCCAAUCAAGGUUCAUACAUUACUUUUUGAUAACUUUAGUCUCUUUUAGUCUAGAAUAGCUCCCUUAUUACUUUUUUUUCCAUGACACUUUUUUUUUUUUUAACAUUUAUUUUUGAGACAGAGCAUGAACGGGGGAGGGCCAGAGAGAGGGAGACACAGAAUCUGAAACAGGCUCCAGGCUCUGAGCUGUCAGCACAGAGCCCAACGCGGGGCUCGAACUCACGGACCGCGAGAUCAUGACCUGAGCCGAAGUCAGCCGCUUAACCGACUGAGCCACCCAGGCGCCCCUCCAUGACACUUUUUGAGAGUCCCAGCCCUCUGGCUUCUAGAAUGCCCUUUAUUCUGGGUUUGAUUGUUUCCUUAACCCAAUUUAUGCGCUCAUUCGUGGCUCACCUGCCUCUGUGCCAGUGACUCCUGACUACCUCCAGCCUCACGUUUUCUUCCCAAGUUCUGCCCUUCAUGUCCAAUCCCUGCUGUGUGUCUCUAUCUCUGUAUAGCGUGCCACUGCAGAUGGAAAGGGCAAAUCUCUUCAGUUCCACAUCCCCACCCCUCACCCGAUUAUAACAUUUAUGGGGCUCUGAGAAAGUAUUAGGUAUAUACUGCACACUGUACAUGUACCAUCUGACUCUAUUCUCACAGCAGCUCCUUGAGGAGGUAAUACUGUGCCCACUUACAGCUAAGGAAACGAAGAUAGGGGCUAAGUAGGUUGUAAGUAGUAGCUUUGAGAUCCAAAUUCAGUCUAUACCUCCAGAUGCCCUGUUCCUAGCUGCUGCACCAUCUCCCUUGCUAGUCACUGUGUGGACACCAGUUUCCUCCCUAACUAAUUCCAGGUAUACUGGCACCAUGUGCCAGAGCUGUGCCAAAUGCUUUAGAAUAAGUGCAUGGGCAGCAACCCCAUGACCUAAUUAUUCUUAUGCCCAUUUUGUAGAGGAAGAGACAAGCUCAGGGAACUAAGUAAUGAUGAGGGAGAGUGGGAUUUGAAUUCAUCUCACUGAGGGACACCUGGGUGGCUCAGUUGGUUGAGCAUCCUACUCUUGAUUUUGGCUCAGGUCAUAAUCCCAGGGCCGUGGAAUCUGUGUUGGGCUCUGCUGAGCAUGGAGCCUACUUAAAAUUCUCUUUCCCCCUCUGUCCCUCUCCCCCACUCACACACUCUCUCUAAAAGAAGAAAAGAAAAAAGGUUUGAAUUCAUCUCACUCAAUCCUAGGCCCCUAAUGUACUGAGGCUAUUUCUAUAAAGUGUCACACCUGUCUUCCUUCUGAUGCCACCUGCUAAGAUCAAGCCUCACUUAGCAUUCAUCUGGGGUUCAUCUUCCCAUCCUCGUCUUCCCCAAUUGCCCCCUUCCUAACACUCAGCUUGGCCAAAGGAACUGUUCUAAGCCAACGUUGAUUAUAUCACAAUUCCUGCUCAAAGCCCCCACCCCCAGCCCCAUCACCCAUCGUUAAGCUUCAACUUUGUGGCCUGACAUUCAAGUGCCCCCACCCUGGUGCCAGUCUUAUCUGUCCCUUCCCCUACAUGUACUGUAUGCUCCAGCCAAACUAGACUCUUUGUUCUUCCUGACGUGUCCUGUUCUUAUGGCCUUCCCUCCACUUAAAAUGCCCCCUCAAACUCUGAGUAUGAAAAAUCCCACCCAUUACAAAGACCAUGCUCAAAUUUGACUGCCUGCAUGUAGCUUUCCUUGAUUUCUAAUUUAGAGACGAUUCUUUACUUCUCUGGGUUCAUGGCAUUUUGUAUGUAAAUGUCCAUUAUUGGGCUGUUUGGUUUGAAUCCAAUCAAUUGUACUAGUAUGUCAUUAUCAGGAAUGUUUUUCUUAAAACAUUUUUUUUUUCAUUACACAAGUAAUGCAAAUGCAAUGCCCCAAUCUAGGAAGAAAUCAGAAAACAACAAUCCCCCAGGGAGCCUGGGUGGCUCAGUCAGUUAAGCCUCUGACUCCAGCUCAGGUCAUGAUCUCACAGUCCGUGGGUUUGAGCCCCUCAUCAGGCUCUGUGCUGACAGCUCAGAGCCUUGGAGCCCGCUUCAGAUUCUGUGUCUCCCUCUCUCUCUCUGCCCCUUCCUAGCUCACACCCUUUCUCUCUCUCCUUCAAAAAUAAACAUUAAAAAAAAAUUAAAAAAACAAAACAAUCCCCCAAAGUCUUGUCAUCUUAGUAAAACUUCUGUAAACUUUGUAAUGUAUUUUAUUCUUUUGUAUUUCAUAAUUUUUACAUUAUUCUAAUAAUAGUAUGUUAUUUCUAUUAAGUAUUGAAAUUUAACUUCUUCACGUGGAUUUGAAAGUUGGGCUAUACUAUAGGAAUUUGAAUUUUUAGAAGGGAAAAAAAGCUUCUACCAAUGUUACUCUUCUAUUCCACCAACUGUUAGAACCGUUAAUACCAGCAAAGACUGAGUUUUAGAAUUUUAACUGCCUCCUCAAGAAAGAUGACUAAUGGGAGCACCAGUAGCCUCUGUUUAGGGGACGGGGGAACAAUAUCAGGGGCCUGAUUAACUUAGUGCUGGUUGUGGGAGAGAUUUUACUUUCUCUUUUAUAUACUUCUGCCUUGUUGUACUUUUUUUAUACCAAGCAUGAAUUACUUUUAUAAUCAAAAAUAAAAUAAUUCACAUUUCUCAAAUGAGAACUCCUGACCAUCAGCUUUCUACUUCCUUAGUUAAAAUAAACAAAACCUCCAAUACAAGGACUGAUGUAAUCCCCACUUCUAGAAAAGCCUAGAAAGAAGUGCAGCCCUUGUCUGGUCUAUCAUUUG